AUAAUGUAUUCUACUACUAUAGGUACCAUCAAUAAGAUGAGUAGCAUGGUCCGGACUGUAAUAAUAUUCUGUUCAUGUCUGAUAUAUGUAAAAGCUAACCGAUCCAGUAUAAUCCCAGCGGAGUCCCUUGACACGGGUAAUUCAUCCAAAAUGCAAUGGGCUGGACACGCUAAAACGGUGAGUCCAGAGGUACAGAGCCGUUUGGUCGUUCGUAGAAAUUGCUCACCACAGAUACCAUCAAGUAACUCACUAGUCGUAUUCAACUCUGAGAGAGGAAGUUGUUGAGACAAGACAACGUCUGUUAGUUUACGGAGUUAAGAGAUGUGCCAACGGGUCUCCGUUAGAGUUUUUUUUUUGUUAUUUGGUUUAUGUUAUCUAGGCUUGAAUGGUCAAAUGCAGGACGUACAAACGUCUGACUUGUCCACGUGGGCGACCUCCAGCGGUUGUUUGCAGCCUGGUUUGUACGCGGUUCACAAGCAUAGAACGAACCGACGCCUUACCCAAGUUCCUGUUACCAAAAUCAUCACUGGUAUGAAGGGUCUAUCGCCUUACCAUUGUCUCGCCAGCUGCAUUAAAGCCGGAGACGACUGUGCCGCUUUUAAUCUGGACCGUUCGGCCGGAGUUUGUGAAUUGCUAUCUGCACACGUUUGCAAUCAUUCUGGAUUGGAACUCGAUCGCAGUGACACCUUCACGUAUUACGACGUUUAUCCUGAAUCAUUUAUUGAGAAAAGCGGGUUAAUGUACAACACUCCAUACUGUGAACUCAAGGGAUACUGCAACCCUGAAUGCGAACCAUGGGUCUACAUGCCUCACCUGGAUGGAUACUGUAAUGAAAGUUACGAAUGCAAGAUGCGUAUUGGACCUCGAGGUGUUUGUCGUGUUCCACCCAACCUUUGUAAAUGCGAUCGGGACUACUAUAUUGCCGAAGAUCCCAAACUCGAAAUCAAAAUUUGCCUUAAACUUGGUGCAGACGGUUACGAGGUGUUCCCCAACAUAAAGUCUGACUCGAAAAAAGGCCUGCAUUUCAAACUUGUCAUGGUCGACCUCGACUUCGAGCGGGCAGCAAACUAUUGUGUUGAGGUGGAGGGAGGGCACCUGGCAUAUGCAGAAGAUGGAGAGACAAACCGUUUUCUGCGAGAGUAUAUGCGAAAACAGAAGGUCAGGUCGGCCUACCUUGGGCUUACCGAUCAGCAACAGGAGGGUGUGUGGAUUUGGAUUCAUAAUGGGAAAAAGCUCAAAACAACACAGUUUUGGAAAAGUGGCGCUCCAGACAACUUUAACGACAUGGAGCACUGUGCAAUGAUCACAAAUGAAAUUGAUUUCGGUUGGGACGAUGUGCCCUGCGAUAAGGUCGGCAAAUUUAUUUGCCAAAGGCCUGAAACGAAUUAGUUCGAACACUGGUUGUAAGAUACUAGAACAGUUCUCUUCGCAGAUUUUCAUUAGCCCACAAAAAACAGAACUGGUAACCUAUAAUGGAUGCGAUUAUAAUUGUCUGAGUUGAGUUUGCAAGACAUUGAAAGUGCUACAUAUUGUGAUAUGACAAAAGAAAAGGCAAAACUUUAGUAAGUUACGUUUUAGAUCGUGAACGAUCCAGAGUCAAUACUGCAAACCUGUUUUUUGUAUUAGUAGUGUUUUUUUUCACUGUACGAUGCGCUAAUAUGCGUGCCCAAAUGUCAGCUGAUGUCAUCAUUAGGCCUCAAAACGGAUCGAUUUACGUAGACUAACCACGGUUACAAUUAGCCAAGCAAUUAUUUGCAGUCGGAGUACGAUCUGUAGCAUCCAGCUAAGAAGUUUGAAGCUAAAUAAAUGCACAUGCUGUACAGUAUCCAUCUCAGCAACUUCUACUUGAAACUUAAGUUCUGCGUUCACAAUUUACUUUGUCUUUUGUUACGUAUGUUACUUUAGAAUAUUGGCGGCAAUGAACCUAUUCAGUCAGCGUUAUUGUUGGACCUAAACUAUAUCUAUAGUUUAGGUCCAACAAUAACAAUAAGGUCCAGCAAAA